AUGGCUCGUUCUCGUUCCCAAGCUCAGACUCGAACACCAUUCAUAGAACAUUUACGACAACAGUUUCAUCAACAUAAAAAUCAUAUAUUUGUAUCAUGUGCAUUAGUAUUAUUGGCUUUACCUCGUCUAAUCAUGUCAUUUAUUAGCGGAUGUAUGCAAUCAUCCCGAAAUCCAUGGUUAUAUCUCUUUGGUUAUUUGAUCUCUUUUAUUCCAUCCAUGAUCACAUUCAUAGUAUUUAUAUUACCAUCAAAAAAGUACAAAGAUGAAUUAACUACAAUGAUUCAACGUACUAUUCAACGAUUUCGUAAUAUCUUGUAUGUGCAUAGAUCGUAA